AUGCCGUCAGACAAAGUCAAGGUCCAGGCGAAGGCCAAUCGAUUGGCACCAGCCGCGUUCCCAGAGUUCCGCUGGAGCCCGCUGUUCCCGCGGCAUCUGGCACCGCGCAGCGACACCGUCGUCGCGAAGGAUGUCGCCGACGAUUCGGAGCAAACGAUCGUCCAAAAGGAAAACCUCUACCCUAACAUCGACGUGUCCGUAUGGCUGCGCUCCUGCUCUGAAGAGGUGCUACGACCUGUGGAGGGUGUCUCCUCUGGCACUAUUCCAAAAUGGCUGAAUGGCUCACUGCUCCGAAAUGGACCUGGUAGUCUCAAAGUUGGCAAUAUGACAUUCGAUCAUCUUUUCGAUAGUUCAGCUCUUCUGCACAGGUUCGCCAUAGCUGACGGUCGCGCUACGUACCAGAACCGCUUCCUGCAAUCGCAGACCUUCCGGCGCAACGCAGCAGCGCGACGCAUCGUCGUCACAGAGUUCGGCACCCGCGCGGUGCCCGACCCCUGCCAGAGCAUCUUCCAGAGGUAA